AUGCCGACGUACGGUCUGAAGGUGAAGGGGCGGGGUGAGGAGGUGACCUACUCCGUGGACUUCCCCUACGACGCGUACGACUGCCAGGUGACGAUGAUGGAGAGGGUCGUGGAGGCGCUGCACGCUGGCGAGAACGCGCUGCUGGAGAGCCCGACGGGUACGGGUAAGACGCUUUGUCUGCUGUGCGCCGCGCUCGGAUGGCGAGAGAAGGCUCACGCGGGGGGGGGACCCGACGACGUCACCGUCGGCCCCGACGCGCGCGCCGCCGCCGCCGCCCGCGGCGACGACCGGGCGCCCGACAGGGGGCCGCUCAUCGUCUACGCCUCGCGCACGCACUCGCAGCUCGCGCAGGUGAUCCGCGAGUUGAGAGCCACCAGGUACCGCCCGCGCAUGGCCAUCAUGGGCAGCCGGCAGCAGAUGUGCGUCCACAAGGACGUCCGCGUCCUCGCCGGCGCCGCGCAGAACGCCGCGUGCAAGGCCAGAACCCAGUCCCGCUCGUGCGCCCAUCACAACGAGCUCGAGCACUUUCGCCGACGAGAACCCAACUUCGGCCGUGACGACCCGGUUGACAUCGAGGACCUCGUCAAGCUCGGCGAACGCGGGGUCGUGGGCGGCGGGUGCGGCCCGUGCCCUUACUUCAUGUCCCUGGACAUGUACAAGGAAGCCGACAUCGUGUUCAUGCCCUACAACUACGUCGUCGACCCUGCGAUGAGAGACGUGCUCGGCGACAGGCUCGACGGCGCGAUCGUCCUCUUCGACGAGGCGCACAACAUCGAGAGCGUGUGCUCGGACGCCGCCGGGUUCGACAUCCCCGCGUCGCACCUCGCGCAAGCCAUCAACGAGGCGCAGGAGGCGUUCGAGGCGGCGGGUGCCGACCCGGGUGCCGACGCGCGUAAGCCGCCUCGGCCCGCGGCGGAAUACAAGCAGCUCCGCGGUGUGCUUUUAGCGUUGGAGGAUAAGGUAGCGGCGCAGGUGGGUAAUAAUGGCGAGGAGUGCGUCAAGCCGGGCGAGUGGCUCUUCGAGCUGUUGGCGUCGCUGAAGAUCACGGAACAGACGUUGGAGAUGAUCAAGUCCAUCGCGCAGGACGCCGCCUCGCUGCUCGCGGGCGAGGCGGCGGCGGUUGGACAGCGGUCGAGGGCGCGGGCGUCGGGGUAUCGGAUCAACGAACUCGCGGAGGCUCUGGAGCUCGCGUUCCGAGCUCGGCGGGAAGGGCACGUGGGCAGCUUUCGUCUGCGAAUCGGCGCGGACGAAUCCCGCGGCGGCUUCGGCGCGGGGCACGGCGCCGGGCCGACUCUGAGCUUCUGGUGCUUCUCCCCCAGCGUGACGAUGUCGCACCUCGCGGAGAAGGGGGUCAAAUCCGUGAUACUCACCUCGGGCACGCUGAGCCCGAUGUCGUCGUUCGCCUCGGAGCUCGGCUUGAACUUCAGGGUUCGUUUAGAGAACCCCCACGUCGUGGCCCCGCACCAGGUGUGGGGCGGCGUCGUGCCCGUCGGUCCGUCCGGCAAGCGGCUCAACUCCACGUACAGAUUUCGCGACACGGACGAGUAUAAAUCGGAGCUGGGCAACGUCGUCGUCAACUUCGCGAGGAUCGUCCCGGACGGUAUGCUGGUCUUCUUCCCGUCCUACGGAGUCAUGCGCGCGUGCGUCGAGCACUGGCGAAACACUGGCACGCCCUCGAUAUGGGAGCGCAUAUGCGCCAGUAAGCACGCCGUCGUGGAGCCCUCGGGAAAGGAGGAGUUCCGCGAGGCUUUCAAGGAGUUUAACGACGCCCUGGAGGCGACUCCGGGGGGUGGCGCCGGCGGCAGGAACGGCGCCGCCUUCUUCGCCGUGUGCCGCGGAAAGGUAUCGGAGGGGAUAGACUUCGCGGACAAGGCUGGACGAUGCGUCGUCCUCACCGGCAUACCGUACGCGCCCAAGGCUGACGCCAAGGUU